UCAACUCGAGAAGCGGCCGAACUCGUCCUCGCUCGGAUCUCAGCUCUCCUUCAAGCUCCGGCAGGUUUCUCAGGAACUGAAGCGCAUGACGUCCUCCAAGAGGUUUCAGAACAAGAUCGACCGGAACAAAUCCGGAGCCGCUCGAGCCCUAAAGGGCUUGAAGUUCAUGAACAAGAAAAAUGUCGGCGCCGAAGGCUGGGCCGAGGUUGAAUCGCGUUUCGAUCAGCUUGCCGUCGAUGGAGCGCUCCCGAAAUCGAGGUUCGGGCAAUGUAUAGGGAUGAACGAGUCGGGUGAGUUCGCGAACGAGUUGUUUGACGCGUUGGCUCGGAGGAGAGGAAUAACGUCGAGUUUUGUGAGCCGAGCUGAGUUACGCGAGUUUUGGGAACAAAUUACUGAUCAGAGCUUUGAUGCAAGACUUCAAACCUUCUUUGACAU